AUGUUAGUCCGUUGUGUGGCCUACAACUCCGGUUACAUGCUUGCCCCGCAGCGACACGGCUCGGCGAUCGAUGCGGCAUUGCCGCGCCAAUCCUAUGAGUGGUGCCGACUCCCCUUGUUUCGCUUACGCAUCCCGAAUCCGCAGGCCCAUUUCCCCAAACGCACACACACAACUAAAAACAGUUGCACUGUUGAGGAAAGGAAGCCAUGGACCUCCCAGAAGGAUUCGUUUUGGAAAGCCCGCUUUGUUCCGCUGUGGACUGGGCCGUGUGAUGCCGCAGCUGCCCUGUUUGAGACUGAUUAG